CCUCUCUGGCUCUCUCACUUGUAAUUAUUUGAGAUAAUAAUAAUUUUUUCCUUCCGGUUUUAACUUUGAGAACCAUUACUAUGUCUACUAUUUCUCCGGUUCUUUCAUCUGAACCGGUUCUUUCCAAUCAAGUACCGGCUUGGGAAACUGGAUUCACUCCGUGGGACGAAUCCGAUAUUUUCUCCAUCUUCAGUUCACCGGUUAGUCCCAUGGAAGUAAAUCCCGGUUUAGAUAAAACAAAUCCAAGUCCAAUUCAGAACCAACGCUAUUCCAGUCCGGGUUUGAAAGAUCAACAACCCUUGAAGAACCCUACUGGUUCGAACGUUGUCUCUUCGGUUAAAGACGAACGGCGAAAGAAACGAAAAUUAUCAAACCGAAAAUCAGCUCAACGGUCGAGGAUCAAGAAACAAAAACACCUAGAAGAUGUGAGAAGCAAGCUUAACCAGCUCAAAUUCAAGAACAGAGAACUGCAUAACCGGCGCCUGUACGUUUUGUACCAUUGCGAACGUGUAAAGAUGGAAAACGAUCGUCUACGGUUAGAACACCAUGCUCUCCACGAGAAGCUCUUGAACUUACGACAAGCUUUGGCCAUGCGUCAAAUCCAACAGAACUCAGCGUGUGCUACGUGGUCGUGUGUUAAUAGUACCGUUGUAACGGUCAACCGAAAUCAUUCGAUGAUGAGAGAUCACGUAAUAUAAGAUUAUGAUAUGCAUCGUUUUAGACCUAACGAAGAAACAUAUAUUAAAUAUAUACUACUAGGAGUGAUCUUCUCUUUUUCUUUUGUAAAUAAAUGUCGAGUAGUAAAUC